ACAGAAAAAAGGCACAAAAACAAUAAAUCAACAAUUUUUCUUUUAGUUUCACAUCAAAUUUAGCUUAAAAAAUGGAUGACGAUGAUUCUGGAGGAAUCUCUGAAACUACAUCAGAAAAUGCAAGUGCAGCUGCAACAGACAUGCAGGUGGAGGAAGAAGUGCAAGCAGGCAGGUCACAUGCUGGAAAUGAUGAAGACUUGAGCAGUGCAAUAGAAGCUGUGUCCGCGGCUCAUGCGGACAGUCGAGCACGGUUGGAAAGCAUUGUCGAAGAGGUAAAUAGCAUGUUCGAGGUUGUUAAUGACCUAAUGGCCGAUGCAAGAGACCUCUUACGACAGGCGGGCGGAACAUCUAUGCGCUCGGAAAAUGCAGAUGCAUUGUCACAGGCGGCCCCAAGUGAUGAAGAUGAGAUGCCACAAGCAUUGGAGCGGGCAGAUCAAGUUAAUGAAGAUCAGCUUGAUGACAAUCAAAUUGAUGAAGAUCAACCUGAUGACGAUCUAAUUGAUGAAAAUCAACCUGAUCCAGAACAAGAUCAAGUUUAUGUUGAUCUUCAACAAAUUGAUGACGAAAUUGCAGCGAGUCUGAGUCCAGUGCAUAGCGACAGUGAUAUGUCCCUAGAUAGUCCAGGCAGCGAGGAUGACUCGGACAUUGAGGCUGUGCCGCGCUGGAUGAUACCCUCCAAUCGUGUGCGCUCCGCCGUGGAGGUGUUGGUAUCACAUGCACGCAGUCGGGAUGGCGGCAUUGCCGCGCUGCUAAAUCGCGAUAACUUUUUACAGCGCGUGCGUAGCAUGGUUUUUACACAGGAUCGUCAUCGCAGCAGACAUAGCGAUGAGUCUAGUUUGGAUACAAAUCCGGAUGGUGGCGUAAUAGGCCCGCCACCGCCUUUGGAUAUUGACAUGGAAGAGGGUGUACGCUUUGAUACAAAUUUGCCUGCAGAGCAUUCAUAUUUUGGACCCAACGUCAAUCGUGUGCCGGGCGUAGAUUAUCUGGAAGUGGGCAGCACCCAUCGCAUGCUUAUAUUUAUGCAUCAGCAUAUAUUGUUUCCCGGUGAAGUGCUGCCAUUUUUGAUUGACGGUAGCAUUAUAGAUGAUGAAGUGCAGGAGAGUGGCCGCGAUGGCGUCAUAUUUGGCGUGGGCUUUCCUCUAAUGCAACCACCUGAAGAUAAUCAACACAAGCUUUACGGUGUCACCUGCCAGAUAUACGAAAAGGGCCAAAGCGGCACACACUUUGUAUUCUACAAAUCUCGGGCGUUGCAACGCAUAGUCAUCAAUUGCGAUGAUAUAAACGGACCGCCGCAGUAUAUUGCACGUAAUCCAACCAUGAAGUGUUAUAGUAAAGUUAAGAUACUGCCAGAGUACUUUCUACCAGAGCCGCUCAAAUGCAUUGACAUGGGGUCCCUGAAUCGUUUUCGAGAUAUACCUUCAAUGCAGGAUAAGUUCCGCCGUUACCAAAUAACCACGACACCUUGGCCAAUUGAGGCAUGCCAAGAAUACUCCUUCGAAGAUAUAAUAGAAAAGGCGCGCAAAAAGUUGGAAAUACAUAAGAUAGACACAAUGCCCAAGUGCCCCAUACAGCUGUCAUAUUGGCUAGUGCGCAAUUUACAUUUAACAGAGAAGGUUAUGCGUCUAACGUUUCUAACGGAUUCGGUUAAUACACGCCUGCAGCUGAUUGGCACUACAUUGAAGGAGGAGUCGAUCUUCUAUUGCCGCUACUGCAAUAGCAGCCUGGCCUUUUGCUCAGAUCUGUUUGCCAUGUCCAAGCACGGCGUACAAACACAAUAUUGUAAUUCAGCUGGCUAUAUACACGAGACGAAUACAGUAUAUCGCGUUAUAGCACAAGCUAUUGAAUACAAUGGUGAACCCUCGACCGAAUUUAGUUGGUUUCCUGGCUAUCAGUGGCAUAUUAUACUCUGUAAGUUUUGUGCGCAACAUGUGGGCUGGGAAUUUAAGGCAAUUGAGUCGAAUUUAGUGCCGAAGAUCUUCUUUGGUCUGGCUGGUUCCAGCGUGCGCAUUGGCAAAAUCAGUGAGCGUACUCCUGUUAAUGGCAGCACCUUUGUUGUGCGCAAUCUGUUGCGCCUAGUCUCUGGGGGUGAAGCGGAAUGAGCUUGGCGUUGAGUGAAACGCGCUUGCUGUUGCUGCUGUCGGCGGGAAGACAGGCAAGCGGCUUAAACUUUAUGCUAAAGCAUUUAAUAUUCGUUUCACUUUUACGUCUAUAUAUAAAUAUAUAACAAUUAAAUAUAUAAAUGUUUUGCUAACUGGAACUGAAAUU